AUUUCAAUCACGAGAAAAGUUAGAGUGAAUAAUUCAUUCGUCGUGAAACAACUGCUGCACUGCUCACUGAUCCACGUGCCUUCCUUGGGCACCGGAGUGGUUCAGGCCAAGGGCCUCGCAGCAGACGCCGCUCCGGGAACACUGCUGCCAUUCCCGAGGUACCGUUGCCGCCGCCAUGCCGGAACGCGGGCAGGGACGUAUCCCCUGGUCAGUAUCCUGAUGGGCAUGAUGCUUGUCAGAGUGUCCCUCGGUGACGACAACAUCACCCUUACGCCAGGGUGCUCUUGUGCCAGCCUCCUGAGUGCCUCGACUUCGCGGCCAGCCACCUCCCGCCCAUGGUGUGGCGCCACUUUCAUCAACAAAUACGAGUACAUGAACAGCGUCAGGUGUUGGGUGAUUAACCGGCGGGCGGCUGCCUACCACAGCUGUGCCUCCAUGGCCACUAGAUGGUUGAUGAUUCAAGGAUGAGCUUAUCAUAAUGCUUAACGUUGUGUUAUUAAACGUGCCAUUAAAUAAACCAUCGACGGUAGUAAAUCCAUACGUGUCACGAAUAUGUUUCGAGAAGGGACACUGUAGUAUGGCAAGACUCAGCCUGCACCUGUCCGCUCCUUCAGGGGCAGACGACCACGCUCCCUCCUGAUCCACCUGCCAACCUCCACUGUCAGCCAGCGCGCUUACAGGCGGAUGCGCCUCAGACAAAUGCUGUGAUCUUCUUUUAAUCCCUCGCCUAUAUGUAUAAAUGUCUUGUACGACUAUGAUUUGUUUCUGAGAGGGAUAAGUUAACGCUUAAACAGUAAUGGUCAUUAUUUUUUGCCAUAUUCCCAGGAAUGUGACGCUGAAGGAGUCAGGGUGUCACUUAUUGUAAACUUGGAUGUCCAACCUCCCUAGAAAUUCAUUGAAAUGAGUUAGUCUUUCAGAGUGGAUAAGGAUCGCAAUAGCGGACAAGAAUUGCGGUACUCCGGGGAAAGACAUGAACAGCGUCAGGUGUUGGGUGAUUACCAGUAGUGGUCCAAAGGUGGCACGUGGCAUAUAUAUAUAUACUGAGGCUGUGGAAACCUUCUCGAGCACCACCUGGCUUGUGGUUUCUUUGGUUCCCCCUGGAAGAAUGGGUCCUUGCUUUGCUGUGGCGCUACUCGCUGUGGUCAUCGGCAGUGCCGUCGGAUUGGACAGAUGUGUCGUAGAUUGUUCCAAGAGUAAUGUUGCACACCUCACUGCCGAUCCUGUCAACUGCAAAAAUUACUAUAUGUGUUACGAUUCAUUUGUACACAGCCCAUAUUCAUUCCCCUGCGAGGAAAACAAGUUUUUUGACAUCGUUUCCAACUCCUGCCGUGACUCUUCCGUCACUUGUACUCCUGAAUGUGAAAAAUGUUCCUUUGACUGCUCUUCAGAUAUCCUCGGUAAAAUAUCAAGUCCAGUUGACUGUGGUAUUUAUUAUAUGUGCUACAGUGAUAAGUGGGUCACGUGUCCCUCAGAGGAGCCAUUCUUCGACGGCAGUGUUUGUCAGAAGGACAGGUAUAACUGCUGUGACUGCAAACCUCGGUGCACCGCUCAUGACGCAGUUAAUUACAGCAUGGUCCCAGACCCCCGCAAUUGCACCAACUAUUACCAGUGUUUGAAUGAAGGGAUCCCUACAAUCCAUGGUCACUGUCCAUACGGGAAUUUCGAUGCACAGCUAGGAAUAUGUAGUGCAGACGCCUCUUGCAUACAGCCGUGUGCCUGGUGACACCAGUGUUAGGCAGACAGCAGCCCCAGAUGUCGCAGAGAAAACGGUGCCAGCACGGUCGUCAUCACCGGGUUCUUGAUGCAGCUCCCAUCACUGUACAUCCAGUCAUCUUGCCAUAUGUAAAGCUCUUGCAUGGUUAGUUGCUCUUUGUUAAUUUUUGCUUCCUAUUAAGGCAGCAUCAAGUAGCGAAAUAAGUAGUAUUAAAAUAAGUAGUAUUAAAAAAAAAUAAAAAAUAAGUAGUAUUAAAAAAAAUAAACACAUGAAAGCAAAA